AUGGCAGCCAUGAACGCUGAAUACAUGAACCAGACAAAGGGUCCGCGCAUUCUAGGCGUUUUCUGGGCCUUCUUCAGUGUAAGCGUGGUAAUGGUAUCUGCGCGACUUUAUAUUCGAGCCCGGAUGUUAAGGAACAUUGGGCUUGAUGACUAUAUUAUUGUGGCAGCAAUGGUCAUGGUUACCGCUUAUACAAUUCUCACCACGGUGAAUGUCCUUCUGGGCUACGGAAGCCAUACCCCUACGUUGAUGGCAAAAGGCGGCAUGGACUUGGUCGAACACGUUCUAGUCGUUAAUUAUGCAAACUUCACGCUAGGAAUCAUGUCUUUCACAACUCCGAAACUUGCAAUCGCUGCUCUCCUGAAUCGGAUAAUGAACCCCAGCCGGCUUCAACGAAUAUGGCUGUGGGUAUUGACAGGGUCAGUGUUCGUGGCAUCAACUAUCUGCAUCAUCGUUCUUUUCACUAUGUGUGAUCCUCCCCAGGCUUUAUGGAAGAUUCAUCUCAUGGCUGAAGGAGCAACAUGCCGUUCGACAGAGAUCCUGGUGGGCUAUGCGAUCUUUACUGGAGUUCUAUCCGCGAUAGUCGAUCUAUAUCUUGCAAUUUAUCCGACUGUGAUAUUGCUACGACUUCAGAUGUCGAUUAAGAAAAAAAUGGCCCUAUGCGCGGCUUUGGGGUUGGGUUCCGUAGCAUGUGCGAUGGCUAUUGUCAAGUGUCUACAACUCCCAGGUUUAUAUAAUACGGAAGACUCGACAUAUGCAACAGCAGAUCUUGUUAUCUGGACGAGCGUCGAGUCGAAUAUUAUCAUAAUGGCAUCCUGCAUCCCAACCUUGGGUCCGAUGUACGAAAUGAUGCGAGGAAAACGUUCCUGGAGUUCUCACGGGCGAUAUGACAGCGGCAAGAUGCGCUCUUACACGGAUAGACCCACGAAAAAAUCAAACCGCACUCGCGAGGACGAUGAUAUCCUUAUGACCACGAAUAUUGGGACUACGAGGAGCGGUAGCCAGCAAAGCAUCUUGAACUCGGAUCAGCUCCAGAAAGAGGGCCAUCUGGUCGGCAAAAUUCAUCGCACGGAUCAGGUAAAGAUCGAGUAUGGAGCAAGACCUCAAGGUGACCACGAACCACGACCUUCAUGGUAG